UGCAGCCGGGGGGGUUUGGGGACCCCGCUAACGCCACGUCUCCUCUCUGGCCAGGCGUGGAGGGAAGCCCAUGGCCCCCAGACCCCCAGGCCCCCCCCGCAUCCAGCCCCGGCCCUGCAGCCCCUAACGCCCCGAGGACCCCCCCGGCCGGCCCCGGGGAGCCCGAGCAGGUCGCCCCCGCGCCGCUGAGCCAUGCGGGAUCGCCCGGCCCCCUCCCCGCCAGAGCCAUGAGCGGCUGCCGGUACAAUGGGGGGGUGACACGGCCCCGGGGCCCCCUGAGCGCCUCCGCCCGCUCCCUGCACCCGCUCGAGGGGGAGACCCAGCCCCUGCGGCCCUGCCCGUCCCCCGGCCUCGAGGUGGUGGUGUCGCGGCCGGAGCAGCCCGGGGGUCCGGAGCCCGGCCCGGCGGCGGCCCCGGGGCAGGAUGGGGCUGAGGAGCGGGGAGGGGAACCCCGGAGGAACCAGAACAUCGGGUACAAGCUGGGCCACCGGCGAGCCCUCUUCGAGAAGCGGAAGCGCCUCAGCGAUUACGCCCUGAUCUUCGGGAUGUUCGGCAUCGUGGUCAUGGUCACGGAGACGGAGCUGUCCUGGGGGGUCUACACCAAGGAGUCGUCGUAUUCGUUUGCACUGAAAUGCCUUAUCAGCCUCUCGACCCUCAUCCUCCUGGGGCUCAUCGUCAUGUACCACGCCAGGGAGAUCCAGCUGUUCAUGGUGGACAACGGCGCCGACGACUGGCGCAUCGCCAUGACCUACGAGCGCAUCUUCUUCAUCGCGCUGGAGCUCAUCGUGUGCGCCAUCCACCCCAUCCCCGGGCAGUACCUGUUCACCUGGACCGCCCGCCUGGCCUUCACCUACGCCGCCUCCGUGGCCGACGCCGACGUGGACAUCAUCCUGUCCAUCCCCAUGUUCCUGCGGCUCUACCUGAUCGGGCGCGUGAUGCUCCUGCACAGCAAACUCUUCACCGACGCCUCGUCCCGCAGCAUCGGGGCCCUCAACAAGAUCAACUUCAACACCCGCUUCGUCAUGAAGACCCUCAUGACCAUCUGCCCCGGCACCGUCCUGCUGGUGUUCAGCAUCUCCUCCUGGAUCAUCGCCGCCUGGACCGUCCGCGUCUGCGAGAGGGACAAACUGUACCACGACAAGCAGGAGGUGACCAGCAACUUCCUGGGGGCGAUGUGGCUGAUCUCCAUCACCUUCCUGUCCAUCGGCUACGGGGACAUGGUGCCGCACACCUACUGCGGGAAGGGCGUCUGCCUGCUCACCGGCAUCAUGGGCGCCGGCUGCACCGCGCUGGUCGUGGCCGUGGUGGCCAGAAAGCUGGAGCUCACCAAAGCGGAGAAACACGUCCACAACUUCAUGAUGGACACGCAGCUCACGAAGCGGGUGAAAAAUGCUGCUGCCAACGUACUCAGGGAAACGUGGCUCAUCUACAAACACACCAAGCUGGUGAAGAAGAUCGACCAUGCCAAAGUUCGGAAACACCAGCGUAAGUUCCUCCAAGCCAUCCAUCAAGCUCAGAAGCUGAGGAGUGUGAAGAUGGAGCAGCGGAAGCUCAACGACCAGGCCAACACUCUGGUGGACCUGGCCAAGACCCAGAACAUCAUGUACGACAUGGUCUCGGAGCUGCAGGAGCGCCACGAGGACCUGGAGAAGCGACUGGGAGCCCUGGAGAGCAAACUGGAGGCGCUGGGGCUGAGCCUGCUGGCCCUGCCCGGGCUGGUGAGCCAGGCCCUGGGCCAGCAGCAGAGGGAGCUCCUGGGGGCUUGGCCCCCCCGGCUCUGCUCGGCCACGGCCCCCUGCACCCCCACCCGUGCCCCCCGCGCCCCUGCCGGUGCCCCCCCCGCCUCUGACAGCGGGUGAGGGGGUGGGGGGUGCUGGGGGCACCCCCGGGUGCCCUUUUACAACCCCCUCCACCCCCUUGGACGGCGGGUGAUGGGGAGGGGGCUGUGGGGGCACCCCCGGGUCCUCCUCUGUCACCUCCUCCCUCUUCGGACAGCGGGUGAUGGGGGGGCACCCCCAAAGUCCCUUUGCACCCCCACCAUGGACAGCGGGUGACGGGGUGGGGGGGUUAUGGGGGCACCCCCAAAGUCCCUUUGUCACCCCCCCACCUCCUCAGACAGUAGUUGGUAGGGAGGGGGGUGCGUGAGGGGGGGGCACAGGUCCCCCUCUGUCACCCCCCCCACCUCCUCGGACAGCGGGUGAUGGGGAGGGGGGGUCUGGGGGGGCCCCUCUUAUGUCUGGCCAUCGUGUGGCUGAUUUCAGUAGCUUUGUUCUGUAAAGCCCUGUAUAAAUUU